AAGUCAUUUUAAUCGACAUCGGUACUCGUGUACUUUGCAUUUAUAUUGCAUACACGUGUGCGUAAUCAGAAGGCGAUGCAUAGCCACUUAUGUGAUAUAUUAGAGUAUCAGGAAAGCUGCGAUUCGAAAGACACGAAAUUGCCAAGGACAGAUAAGAAUGGAUCGACUAGUUUCGUCACCGUUGAUACUUUUGCGCGUGUCGAAUAUAAGUCUCGUCUCAGCCAUUUGCCAGUAUGCGCGUGUUUACGUGGUAGUGAAUCAUUUCCAAAUGUGUCAACCUUACGGGACUUCACGUUGUUUCAUAAAAAUCCGCGGUACAGCGAGUUUUCUCGCGUCGCGUUCAAACAAGCCGCGGUAACAUUAUCUUAAGAUUUCGCCCGGUUAUCAAACAAAGAUUUGUUCUGAGGAAGUGUUCGCGAUAUUUCUCGGUGAUAAGUAUUGCUUCCGAAAUCGAAGACAGCCAGAAAAAUGCGCAUUAUCUUUGUCAAAUUUCGGGAAGUGUCACAAAAAUAUCCCAUUGUAAGAGGAAUGGCAUCUUAUACCCUAAUAUGGCCAACUGGAUGUUUGGUACAGCAAAAACUAGUUGGAAAAGAUGAAUUAAAUUACGGGCAGGCAUUGAGAUUUAGUUUGUAUGGUGGGUUUUUUGUAGCCCCAACACUUUAUUGUUGGUUAAGAUGCUCUUCGUACUUUUGGCCGAAGUCAGAUCUGAAGUCUGCUCUCACCAAAGCCCUAAUAGAACAAGUAACUUAUAGCCCUGCCGCAAUGUGCUGCUUCUUUUUUGGCAUGAACAUGCUCGAAAUGAAACCAAUUACCGAAUGCUUUGAAGAAGUUAAACAAAAAUUCUGGCCUACUUAUAAAGUCGGUGUUUGUGUCUGGCCUGUCUUGCAAACAGUCAACUUCAUCUUUGUCCCAGAACAUAACAGAGUAGUCUACGUAAGUUUUUGCAGCUUUAUGUGGACAUCUUUCCUUGCCUACAUGAAAUCUAGAGAAACUAGGAAUAAGCUAAAAGAUCCAACGAAAGACAAUAAUCCAAAACAUAAAAGUCAUUUUGAAAAUAAUGUAAAUAUCGAAUCUGCUAAUCAAGUAGAGGAUAAAAAUAAAAAGGCAUCUAUUAUACGAUGAAGUUUGUAUAAAAAUUAUUUUAGUUCAAUUGAUUAAUUUAUAUGAAUAUAUAUAGAGUAAUAUAUAUCACAACAAGGAUAAUUACAAUGCCUGUUGUAUACAGUACAAAAUAAAUUGAAAAAAUGUAUAUGUAUAUAUUAUGCGUAGAUGUGGAUUAGAUAAUAGUAUUAAAAUAGGUGCAAUAUAAAAUUGACGACUGUUCAAGACCAUGAAAGUGUAUUAAAAAGUUUGUUGUUAAAUUU